AUGUCAUCAAACCAGGCUCAGGUUCUUGCGGCUUGCAUAGACAAGCUGGGUGAGAUUAGAAUUUCCUCAGAUUCCUUGCGCCGUCUAUCCAUUGGCUCCUUGAUUCAACAGAUAAACACGCUUCGAGCUGCCAUACCAAAUCAUGACCCUCGCCUUGUCGUCUUUGACAACGCUUUGCUUCGUCUAGUUGAACUCAAACGUAGUAUGGACCUGAACCCUGACUCAAUUAUGGAUGCUAUUGGCUUCAUAGACCCUGCCCUUCAAGAUAUGAUGCUAUCUGAUAUAACUGAGGAGAUUAUUCAGGCGGAUAUUGCUAGAGAACUCGGGGUCAAUUAUCUAUCAUUAUCAACAGCAACACCAUCCUGGCCUGUUGAAGGAAUAGUGUAUGGUGAGAAUCUUCGGGCUAUGAUCAACCUUGUAGUCCAGCGUAAGGAAUGCAAAAUCAAUGUAAUAUUCCUUAUUGAUACUGAAUCACCACAUACUCAUCUGACUGCUAAGGCUUUCAAUGCUUUGGGCAUCACUGAAAAUACUCCCAGCUCGGCAAAUGUCAUGGUGCACGGAUUCGCUCAAACCGUUUAUGUAUCUACGGGUCACUUUGAGGAUGUCAACGUCCUGGGGGUUGCAUACAUGAGGGCAAAGGGAUUGAAACUUGCUGUAGAUUAUGAAUCGUUAUUGUGUACCCUGAGGGAAUAG